UUCAGGUUCCGCCGCCAACACUGCCAAGCGGCAAUCGCAAAUGGAGUGCACAACAGCGCACGACGUGUUGCUGUGCAGAGAAAUUUUGGUACGGGAGUUUUAUAAGUUCAAGAAAGGGAGUAAUGAGAGAGGAAGAAUAUGGACGCAAAUUUCCGAGAACCUAAACAGUGUAACUGCAGUCAAAUUUAAAGUGAAUCAAAGAGCGGUAAGAGAGCGAUUUGACUUGCUACUCGGAAGAUUUCGACAGCAAAGUAGAGAAGAAGAAAAUGCAAGUGGUAUAUCUCCCGAACCAACAGAGCUCGACGCAUUGUUGGAAGAGAUUUCUGAAAGAGAAAAAUUAGCAGAAUCAACGAGAGAAUCCUGUAGCAGAAGGAGUGUCGAAACAGAUCGUAAAAGAGCCGAGGAGACGCGUUUCCAAGGCUUGGGGAGAGUUGGUGAAACAAAAAGAAGGGCCCACGAGGACUGUGAAACAAAAGCGAAAAGGCAACGAAGAAGCGGAGCUGAUGUUGCCGAAUUUCUACGGGAGAAGUCAGAAAAGGAACUUAAGAUCCGCGAAGAGGAGUUCGCUUUGAAAGUAAAAGAAGUUGAAAACGAAAAAGAGAAGCAAGCACAGAUGUUUAAAACCCAGGAGGCCAUGAUUACAAACAUGGCAAAACAACAAGAUCAGAUGCAAACACUUCAAAUGGCUUUUUUGCAGCAACAGCAACAACAGACACAGGCCAUGAUGGCGUUGUUAGAAAGACUUGUGAAAAAAUAGUAACUAAGUUCCCUAACAGAGAUUGACAAUGGAUUGAUUUCCUCUUUCUUGGAAAUUUAUUGCAGCUUCAAGUUACUUAUUUUCUUUGUUUGGUGUCAUUUUGAAUUUUCUAUUUCUCAAGUAAGAGUGAAUUUUGUUGGGUUGCUCACAGUUAUACUUUCUUUGUAUUCAACUGAAAAAAAACCCACAAUUCAUGUAAUUCAUCUCAUAACAA